CAGAUUUUCCUUUCCUUCUUCAAAACUCUCGUCGGCAAAGAAGUCGCAGUGGAACUCAAAAACGAUGUCGUCUUGACCGGGACUUUGCACAGUGUCGAUCAAUACCUUAAUAUCAAGCUUAUUCACGUGCAAGUUGUACAGCCUGAAAGAUACCCGCAGCUAGUAGCCCUGAAGAGCGUCUUUGUGCGAGGAAGUGUGGUCCGUUACAUACAGAUAGAUCCGCAACACGUCGAUACGGAGCUACUUCAAGACGCGGCACGGAAAGAAAAUGCUCCGGCCAAGACUGCAAAAGCUUGA